GCUAGGAAGCUGCUCCCCAUAGGAACUGUGAGGCCAAGCACGCUGCCCGGGUGUCUGACGUCAGGGUUGGGACAGUAACCCCAGUACCAGGGACACCCUCCUGGCCCGCAGGGCCGCUCCUCUCCGGCCACAGAGUCCGAUGGCGGCGGUGACCGCGCUAAGGCGACGGGCUGAGGUCGUUUUGACCUUUGAGGACGUUGCCGUGUACCUCUCCAGGAAAGAAUGGCUCCUCCUGGAUGAGGCUCAGAGACGCCUGUACCUCGAUGUGAUGCUAGAGAACUAUGCUCUUGUAUCAUCACUGGGUUGCUGCUGCGGAUCAGAGGACAUGGUGGCACCCAUGGAACACAAUAUUUCUGUAAGAAAGUUGGAGGCUAAGAAUCCUAAGUCUGCCAAGUCUUCCCAGAAUAGCCACCCCUGUGAGAGUUGUGAGCCUAUCUUGAGAGACAUUUUCCUCAUGGUUGACCAGCACAGAAUACAAAAAAGGCCCACACUGCUGAGGUGUGGGGCAUGUGCAAAACCAUUUUAUUUCAGUGCACAGUAUAACAAGCACCAGGAGGAGCAUACAACAAAGAAUUCUUUCAUAGGCAGUGUGGACAGAGUCUCAAGUGCAAAGAGCUCCAAUUUCAAUGCAUCAUGGAAGCCUUGUACCUCUAGUAAGGGAGGAAAAUGCUUUGUCAUCAUCCCAGGACAUAUUGAGCAACUGGAUGCUCAUACCAUGCACAGAGCAAACAAAAUCGCUAAAUCCAAAAUGACUUUUCAAAGUAAAAAGUAUUACAUCCCAAGAGAAUGCAAGAAAGCCAUUGGCUGCGAUGACACACUUGUUGAGGACCAGAGAUUUCUUACAGGAAGACAGCGUUUUGUGUGUUGUGAAUGUGGAAAAUCUUUUACCAAUAGCUCUUCCCUUUGUGUUCAUCAGAGAGUUCACACUGGAGAAAGGCCUAAUAAAGGCAGUGAAUGUGGAAAAUCUUUCACCAGUAUCUCUGACCUUUGUAAACAUCAAAGAGUUAACACUGGAGAAAGGCCUUAUGGGUGCAAUAUAUGUGGAAAAUCUUUUACCAGUAGCCGGAACCUCCGUGGUCAUCAGAGAGUUCACACUGGAGAAAGGCCUUAUGAGUGUGGUGAAUGUGGGAAAUCCUUUACCCGUACUAAUGCCCUCCAUUAUCAUCAGAAAGUUCACAGGGGAGAAAGGCCAUAUGAGUGCGGUGAAUGUGGAAAAUCUUUUACCAGUAGUUGGAAUCUCCUUUAUCAUCAAAGAGUUCACACUGGCGAAAGGCCUUAUGAGUGCAGGGAAUGUGGGAAAAGUUUUACCACUCGCUCUCUUCUUCAUAUUCAUUUGAGACUUCACACUGGAGAAAGGCCUUAUGAAUGCAGUGAAUGUGGGAAGUCUUUCACCAGUAGCUCUGCCCUUCAUUCUCAUCAGAGAGUUCACACUGCAGAAAAGCCUUAUGAAUGUGGUGAAUGUGGGAAAUCAUUUAAGAUGAAAUACAACCUUAAUUGUCAUCAGAGAGUGCACACUGGAGAAAAGCCUUAUGAGUGCUCUCAGUGUGGGAAAUCCUUUACCAAUCGCAGUCUUCUUCAUAUUCAUCUAAGACUUCACACUGGAGAAAGGCCAUAUGAAUGCAGUGAAUGUGGGAAAUCUUUUACCAGGACUUCUGCCUUCCAUGCUCAUAAGAGGGUUCACACUGCAGAAAAGCCCUAUGCAUGUGGUGAAUGUGGGAAAUCAUUUAAGUUGAAACACCACUAUAAUUCUCACCAGAGACUUCACACUGGAGAAAGGCCUUAUGAAUGCUCUCAAUGUGGGAAGUCUUUUACCCGUAGCUCUCUUCUUCGUAUUCAUCAGAAUUCACAUUGCAGAAAGAACUCAAGAGUGCAGUGAAUAUAAGAAGUACUUUACAAAAAGAACCAUCCUUUAUUAAACACCAUUGAAUUCAUUCUGGAGAAAAGCCAUAUCAGUGAAGUUAAUGUGGAAAAACUGAUAUGAAUAGCUCUGUGUUUUUCAUAACUGUAGUGUUUACACAGGAUUAAAGGCGUUUUGGGUACAGUAAAACUGAGGUAUCUUUAACAUGAACUCUGCUGUCUGUUAUCAGAGAUUUCACAGAGGAGAUAGCUUUUAUGAGUGCUCUGACAGUAGGACAUCUUUUUCCUGGGGCUGUUACCUCUGUUGUCAUCAGAGAGUUCACACAGCUGAAUGGCCUUAUGCCUGCAGUUAAUGUGGAAGUCUUUUUUUAUAUCAAUGAUUUUUCUUAUUAUGAGAGAAUUUACACUAUGGAUACACCAUUUGAGUGCUGUGAAUGUGGAAAUUUAAGAGUCACCACUAUUUUUAUUGUCAUCAUGAAAUUCACAAGGAUUAAAUUUUCAUAAGUUAAAAUUUGGGAAACUUCCAGUCAAGGUGGCAGAAUAGGCAGACGUGGCUCACCUCUGAACAGCCACAUCAAAAUUACUACUAAGGUGUAGAACAGCUGUUACUAAGGAAUGUCAGAAAUGAAGCUGAAUGGAAGUCUGACAACUAUGAAAUUGAGUUGAAUGGAGUUCUAACAAAAUUAAAGAAAUAACAUCGAUACUGACUAGUAGGAAGGGUGCAGACAUGGAAAGGCUGGUAUCACAACCACAUGGAUAAAAAUUCAUGAGUGAUAUCUCAGGAGCCAGGGAUCCCAAACUCACACCAGGGCCCCCAGACCAGGAUUCCAAUGCCAAGAAGAUAAGUCCCCACAACUUCUGGCGGCAACAAAAAGCAGCAGGGACUGAGUCAGUGGAAGAAACUGCUGGAGCCACAAGUAGGUCCUCUUAAAGAACCCACACAUGGACUCAAUUACACAGACUCAGUCCCUCUGAGCUGCAGCACCAGGAUAGCAGUUUGAAUGGCACCAUUGGUCUACUGGGAAAAACGGAAUUGUCUUUCUUCAAGGUGAGCAGAGGCCACAGGUACCUUUGCUGUAUCCUCCUUCCAUAGAGCUGAUAAGCUGGUGCCAUGCCUGAUACUCUUAUCAACCUGUUAACUCUUAUAACACUGUUGUACCUGCCCUGGAGAUUCCCCAAAGAAUCUGCCCUAUUCAACUUAAGGUCCCACCCAAGCUGCUUUUCCAUAUGAAUGGCUGGUUUUGACUCAUGCUUCACACCUUAUUAAAUUCUAUUAAACAAGCAGCAGCUGUCCUCAGUAAACCCCAGGCCUGGCAAUAGCAGCAGCCAGUCUCGUUUCACAGCUUGGCUUCACCUGGGAAUCUCCAAGCUCAGCAUAAGUAACAGCCAUCUCAGAUUGUUUUAUAUUUCAGGUAGGGUGGCCCAGGGCAAAACACAGAUGGGACAGAUCUUGCACAUGUGGUGGGCAGCUAUAGACCACAUCAGAGUGCCAACAUCCUGCCCCUGCACAACUGAUCUUUCACGUAGAGUAGAGAGUGGUGGGCAGUGGUCACAGCCAGUUCUCGUACCUGACUGGCCUGAGUAAAUCCCAUUGAUCUUCAACAGCAAUGAAGGCUCAACUACAAGAGAUGGGUAUAAUUUGUCCACAUGAAGGGUGCACCUUGAGUGCCCAGCUAGCGUGAUGGGGAAGGUUGUGCCACUGGACACUAUAGGACACCUACUACAUUAGGCCACACUGUGAAGACAUGGAGUCAAAGCAGCUCUACCUAAUUCAUAGAAACAAACAUAGGGAGGCUGCCAAAAUGAGGAGAC